AUGUCUCCUCUGACGAGACAAAACUCUAUAGGGAACGGCCUCACACGGGCAAUAUCCUCGGAAUUCGGGCCCACAAGGGCAUAUUCGACGACGAACAAUCUGCACUCUCCGGAAGAGGGAAGCAUAAUUAGCAACGGGACACCACCACCGCAGUGGAGUGCCGCAGUAGGGAAGGCGAACCUAGGGAAAUCGGGUCGCGUCAUAGAGCGGCUGAUGGGGGAAAACGACAUGCUGAAACGCGACCUGAAUAUAGAACGCCUGCGGGCAGAAGAGUCGAACCAAGCGGUGAAGAUGGCGGAGGGGAAGAUGGAAGCUUUGACUGCGGAGUACGAGUCGCGAUUACAUGAUGCGGCCAUCACAAAGACAUUGUUGAAGAGGAGGGAACGGCAGGUUGCGGAUUAUAAGGCCCAAAUCGAAGCGGAGAGACAGAAGGCGAACGCGGCAAUCGAAAGGGAACGCGUUUGGAGGCAGGCCAUGGAAACGUUAGAGGAGGAGAGUAAACAGAAAGUGGAGGAAGCACAACUGUUCGCUGCGUUGAUGGAGGGGAGGAACAACACCAUGACGAAUCACUGGAAGGAGCAACGUGCGGAGGUCAACAGGAGCGUUGUGAAACUGGGCAAGGAGAUCGAGUUGUUGGUUCGAGAGAGGAGGAACGACGAUGAGAGGAUGAAUAUGCUGCAGUCACUGUGCGAGCAGCAAGCGGAGCAGAUGAGAGCACUAGAGAAGGAGAAAGAUAACAUCAAUGCGGCAUUCGAGGCGUACAAGAAGGAGCAAGAAGCUCUAUUGAAGGACAUCAAGCAGAAGGCUACGGCUCGGGAAAGUGAAAACGAAGAGACCCUGGCAGAAUCGCGGAGGGUCUUGGGAGAGUUGAGGUGGGCUUUGGGAGUGAAGAAGAACGUGAGAGACGCUCAGUAA